CAUAACACCUCCAAAUCAAAUACUCUUAACCCUUCAGUCAUAAAUAGCUAAUCUAGAGAUCGUCGCAAGUGCGACUGAAAUGCAAUGGACAGUACAGAUGCUGACAUGAUGGAGGCGGAGUCCACGGCGGCUCCACCGCAACCGCCGCCGCCGCCGUCAUUAAUGCAUUCAACUACAGACCAGGACGGCGUCGUUAGAGGGAUGCUUACCAUGGCACGUCAGCUUAUCCAUCAAGGACAACCUUCUCAAGCUCUUCAAGCGGUGGUGAUGGCCAUGAGAACCAAAGGCGGUGAGCAUGCUGUAUUUCAAGCCCUUAAUCGUGCCCAGGAGCUGUACAGAAACAAAGUACAGGCAAGUGUGGCUGCAGAUGAGCUGGCUUCUUUGUUCGCUGAGUGUGCCAUUGCUGAGGCCAUCCCUACCAUAUCUCAACCUUCUGAACAUAAUACGGUGGAUAAACCAAUUGAAGUAGAUGAGCAUGGUACUUCAAUACUAUCUGAAACUGGCAGGAAACAGAUAAUGCUUGAUGCAUUCUCUGAUGGAAGCAGCUUUGUCUGCUUACAAUGUGGGGGUCUGGUUAGCUCCCAUCGCAAAGAUGAGCACUACUCAUUCUGGUGUUGCAAAAACUGACUUAGCUUGCGACUUGAAUGGAAUAUUUCCUGGCCAAGUUAUUGGACAUAGUGCUGCAUUUUUAAUGUCACUACUCAUCAUGAAAUGCAUCAUAGCUGAUGGUUUCUUGUUCUUGUAUACAUAGCACUUGCUCUUGGCUCGAGACCUACUUUCUUACUAGGCAUGUUACUAUAAGCAUCACAUGGCUGAUUUGGUGGCUGAAGUAAUGAGUGCCUCAGGUCGCACCAAAAGCUAUGUGGUUAUAGAUAUUGACAAUAGAAAAUGUAUUUGGUUCUAUGAGUGUGUUGUGCACUUUGUGCUGUUUAAGAUGUUAUCAAAUAAUUGAAGCAUGUCCCUAUAGCGAGCUUUGUAAA